CACUGUCAACACUUGGCUCGAGCGCUGCUGCGGAGCAACGACGAUGUCGGAGCAGGAGUCUCUGAGGUGCUCCAGUGCCAGAAACCGAGGAGGCGUACAACGGGUGGAGGGAAAACUGCGAGCUAGUGUAGAAAAAGGGGAUUACUAUGAAGCACAUCAGAUGUACAGGACUUUAUUUUUUAGGUACAUGUCACAGGCAAAACAUGCUGAGGCCAGGGAGCUGAUGUAUAAUGGUGCUCUUCUCUUCUUCAGCUACAAUCAGCAAAACAGUGCAGCAGACCUGUCCAUGCUGGUACUUGAGGUGUUGGAGAAAUCUGAGACUAAAGUUGAAGAUGAUAUAUUAGAAAGCCUGGUGAAGCUGUUCAGCCGGAUGGACCAGAACUCCCCAGAGAGAGUAGCAUUUGUGUCCAGAGCCUUGAAAUGGUCCACAGGAGGAUCUGGCAAGUUGGGGCAUCCAAAACUACACCAGCUGCUGGCUGUCACCUUGUGGAAAGAACAAAACUACAGUGAGUCUCGUUAUCACUUCCUGCAUUCAUCUGACGGGGAGGGCUGUGCGCAGAUGCUGGUGGAGUACUCGGCCUCACGAGGCUUCCGCAGCGAGGUCGACAUGUUUGUGGCGCAGGCCGUCCUACAGUUCCUCUGCUUAAAGAACAAAAACAGCGCUUCCGUGGUGUUCAGCACAUACACAGAGAAACACCCGUCCAUAGAAAAGGGCCCUCCCUUCGUCCAGCCUCUACUGAACUUUAUCUGGUUUCUGCUGCUGGCAGUGGAUGGGGGUAAAUUAACAGUUUUCACAGUGUUAUGUGAGCAAUACCAACCUUCCCUGAAGAGGGACCCCAUGUAUAAUGAGUAUCUCGACAGAAUAGGACAGCUUUUCUUUGGAGUUCCCCCCAAACAGUCACCAUCGUAUGGUGGGCUGCUAGGAAAUCUGCUGAAUAGCCUGAUGGGAUCGGGCGAGGAUGACGAUGGAGCUGAAGAAGCUCAGGAGGACAGCAGCCCCAUAGAGCUGGACUGAGCCUGCGGCAGCCUGACAAAGAGAACAAAUGAACAAAGAUUAAGAAAAAAAUAAAGAGAAGAGGAAGACCAUCCUGCCUCCGUCCUUCACCUUCACAACAAGAGUGGGGCGAGGCACCGGCCUGUGUUCUCAGAGGCGUGCUGUUUCCAAAAAUCCCACUUAUCCAUCCAGUUUAAACUAAGAGCAAGUAUUAGGCCACAACCCCUCCCUUCAGCACUGCCGGGACUGACUACGCCAAACUGCGAACUCUUCCCGUGUUGAUUUAUCGUAAGAUUAUAUUAUUUUAUUUUAAUCAUUAUUUUGCAUUAGUUUGGGACUCUUGCUCUUGGUUUAGGGUGUUUUGAUUUUAACGAUAACAAAUUGCCCUCUCCCAGUGAGAACCUGCUCCAAAGAGGGAGGGGUCGGAGUCUCCUGGUGGAGAGGUUAGCAUCACUUAACAUCCCUCCUUAUAAUACAUCAUUACAGGUGGGUUUAGUCAACUACAUUUAUACAAAUACUUCUGUUUGCCAUACAGCCACAUGGAGCUACACAACAGCCCUGCUGUUACUGGCAUUUUUCAACAACUUAUUCCGUUAAAAGUCUCCUCUUUGAGUUGUAAAUUAAAUUUCUUGUAGUCAAGGCAACCUUACAUUUCCUUGUCUCAUCUGUCUGUUGGAAGAAUGGACAAAAAGAAUCAGAACUACCAAGUUGUAACUCAAGGUCGUCACGCACCUUAUAUCUCAACCGAACACACCCUCUGUGCUCAGUGUUUUCUUCAAAGGUCAUUUCAGUUCCACUGCACUCACACAGCUGUCUGGAUACACUUCGCUCCACUGUGCUCUUCCUGAACUGCUGCUCAGCUUGUUUGCAUCUCAGAGGAAUUAUGUGGAACAAUCCAAGUUUGAAUGUUUUUUUUGGUUACAGUUCAUUCACGAAAAAUGUUUUUGCUGUGAGGAGUUUAAGCGCUUAAAGUUUGGAUUUGACUGGAUGUUGGCUCUUGCUGUCUGCCACUGUGAAAUGAUGGGGUGACCUUUAAAGUUUGUAAGGUGAUAAGAGACACUGUGAAAACCCGUCUGUUGGAGUGAAUCUUGCUGUAAAAUGCUUAAACAAGCCUGUUACCUGACUACUUCUAGUUUAGCCUGAAGCCCUGUUUACUUUCCACCUUUGUCACAUAAUUCCUCUAAGAGAUGAGUCUUAUUUAACAACAGUUCAGCCAGUGCACAAUCACAAGUGUGAUUUACACAACAGCUCCUGUUUGUCAGUGUUAACGUCAUUGUUUGCAGAGAAUACACUGGCCCAGCUCAUAAUGGACAGCCUUAUUGUCUUAGAUUUGUCUGUCUUCAGUGUCUUUUUGUCCUCCUAGUGACUUGCAAUCAACACAGGUCUUGUCAGUCUCCUGUUUUGGUUUUAUAAUCAGCUCUAAAUAAUGCAAACGUUGCGCAAAAUAAAAUCAAUGCUAGGAACCCAGAAAGGCUUGCCAAGUAAAUUAAACAACAAAGGUGUAUUCAUGUCUGAAGGGCCAUGGACCACCUUCAUGACCAAUAUGAAACAAAAAAAACAUGAAUUUGAUAUGUAAAUGAAGCAAAAAUAUGGUGAUAAAACUUAUGGAAGCCAUAAGCAGACAAAUCUACAUUUUAGUUUCUCAUCAUUAUUAAUACCCUGUUGUCCCCUCAUAACAAAUUAUUUUGUUUUUCUUGGGAACUUGCAAUUGUUAUUUGGAGAUAACGACACUGGCUGUCCAAUGAGAUGUUAAAUUUUCAGCAUCUUGAAAAACGGACUAAAAUUGACCCAUUAUCACAGGAAAACCAGCAUCGUUAUCUCAAGAUAAUGAUGCGACUAAUACCCUCUUCUACCAGAUAAGUAUUACCUUGGGACCUCUGGUAAUUUGCGAAAUACGCCCUGACAUCAGUGUUUGAUGCAGUGCAGACAAUUAUGGACAUUUAUGAAGGAAAACAUGAGGGUGCUGCAGAGAAUGUUUUUAGAUCAGUGCCAAGCUGUCCAUGUCUAAAAAACUAGUGAAAUGUGUCCUCUAACUCUCCCAUUGUGCACUGAGGUCCCCUAAGUCACCUGUGCAUAUCUGCAGCUGGUCAAACAGAGGAAAAGAGAGAAAUUUGAGCAUCCUUCCUGUUAACGUAUGAGAGCUGGAGAUGUCUAAUGUUGAAUGUGAACCUCUCCUGUCAUGUUUAACAUUUUGUAUGCAGUUGAUGCUUUUAAUUUUUAUUCUGUGCUCUAUUAAUUUGCAUUUUUCAGUAUCGACAACAACCCUCCUUGUGCAGAUCAGUUGUUUCAGCCUGAACACUGAAUGUUGAGGGGCACAUUUCAAAUCCUAAAUUGUGUUAUGCAUGAAAUGAAAAUCUAAAUAAUUCUGACUUAAGUUCAGGCACUUGUAAGAGGAAAAGCACAAAAGUUCUGUGUAAGAGGGCAGCGGUGCACGCACACAUUUGGACAGCAGGGUUGUGCCCUCCUUAAAUUUACAACCCUCUGGACACAUUUGUGGCAAAAAUGUACACACACAAAAACUGCUUUUAAAUCAUCAUACAGUGAUAUUUUUCCAGCUUUUUUUUCAUAAAUCUUUUAAGCGACAGCAAACUUGCUCAAAAAAUACCAAACAUUCAGUCAUUUUCAGGAUUUUACCCCUUUAAAUGCCAUUUUUAUGAUUUGAAAUAUUUCAUUAUUUAUUACAAAAAACAAAACAAAAAAAUAGUUAUUUUCCAUACAAUAAAGAGUAGGGAGAUGGGGCGUUGGAGGUAAAUAGAGUCUUGGAUAUGUCAAAGAUUAGUAACAAAAUUGAUUUGAUAGCAUUACUAUGUUUUAUGUAGCUCCAGAUACUCCCUUAGGACACCUUUGUGGGCUAAAAUGCUUCAUUGCCUUCCAUUCAUAUGGGAUUGAUAACACAAACGUCCUGUGAGAUUAUAAAAAAUGACCAGUGGUCCCUAGGUAAUACUAAUUCCGUGUGAGUAGGGCAUAAAACAAGAUCUUGAGAAAAUGAGAAAAUGUCCAGUAAUCAUGGGAAAACAACAGUGAAAUAAAAUGUAUGAAUGCAUGUCUGCUUAAGGCUUCCAAUAUCAACUGAAAGUGACAGUAAAAACAGAAAAUGUAAGUAUGAGAUGUCCAUAACACAUUUAAUGACACCACUUCAGAAGUACUUUAAUGUAUUUUAGGUUUCUUUCUAUAAUAAUUUAAGUAAACGUUGGCGUGUUGGCUGUUUUGCAAACCACAGAGGACUGACCUGCCUGCUGUCAUAGUGCUAUAAAUGGAAAGAUAUAAUCCAAAACUGCGUUCAAUAUUACAAAGACUGUUUUAAGCAGUGUUGUAGUUAUUUAAGUCAUGAAAUGCCUCUUUUCAGAAGGAAGAGGAGUGAUGAUUUCUGCAGACCUUUCUGUGAAAGUCAUGAGGUCUAAAAGGGAAACCCAAGUCAAAGUGACUGUUGCUUUUUCACAGAAGUCUUAUCAUUUUCCUCGUCUAGUCAUGAUUUCAUCCAAGCAUCUGAUGAACUGAAAACAACUUCUUCUUGCUCACCUAAAAGUAAUUUCUCUGAAUUUACUCCUUCAAUUAUCCUGCAGUAAAAAGGCGUGUGACCAAAGGCCUGUCUGUGUCAGAGAACAUCAACAUAGCUGCUUGUUUUUGAUAAUUAUUUCCUUUGAGAACUAAACAGGAUUGUUUGCCUUUUCGAUGAUUCACUAAUUAAGUAAAUAAACAACUGAGAAGAGUUUGAGAAUGUCUUGAAA